AUGCAUGUUUGGUCCUUUGAAAUAGGUCUUUUGGAGCAUUCUGGAGCAUAUGGGACAAGGAGCAUGGAGGGACUUGGCACAUGGAAGCAGCUCAACUGGAUACGCAAAGGAAGAAGGGAGAAGAUCGAAGCCAUCUUGAAGACCAGCUCGACCGUCUACUCGACCAACCGGUCGAGUUCCUCAACUCGACCGGCCAAGCUUCAACUCGAUCGAGCUGGGGAGUCAAAGUCAAACCCGAAAAAUGUUGCUUCCCCCUUGACUUCCCUUUGA